UCAGGUGCUGGCGAAAGCUCAAGCCGCGCACGAAUCCUUCACUCGUCCUCCGAGCGGCUGCAGGUGGAGUUGCAUGCAGCAAGAGCAGCGCAGAGAGGCGCCAGACCACCGCCUUUGCGCCAGUAAGCGCCAUCACUGCACAACACCGCACAGCACAUUGCACAACAUCAGCCCCCCGAUUCACGACCUGGAGGACCGGGAGGAGCACAUCCUCAUCCCAGCGUCCUCUCAGCCGCCAGUGUCCGCCAUCGCUUGCGCACAUCCACCGCUUUUCCCCCCUCUCUCUUCAUCGGAUUUAUUCUCUUGAAAGCAACCGAGAUGCUCGCUAGUCGCCUUCUAUGAGCGUGAAGAAGCUCCUCUUCAUCACCAGGCGCAGUCGUUUGGACAUCUGCCACCAUCUGGACAGCAAAAGGCAAGCGAAACAGACGAGGCGAUCGCGGUCUCCUGUGAGAUCUCCGUGGUCUCCUCCCACAGCAGCAGCCAGCAGGCCGGGACCACCCGCACCUUCUAGAAGCCCCUUCCUCCCCCCGUCGCCAUGGGAACCGUGCUUUCCCUGUCGCCCAGCUACCGCAAGGCGGCCCUGUUCGAGGACGGGCCGGCCACGGUGGGCCACUACACGGCGGUGCAGAACAGUAAGAACGCCAAAGACAAGAACCUGAAGCGGCACUCGCUCAUCAGCGUGUUGCCGUGGAAACGCAUCGUGGCGGCGUCGGCCAAGAAGAAAGGCUCCAAGAAGGUGCAGCCCAACGGAACCUACCAAAACAACGUGAGCCAGCUGAACAAUGAGAACCUGAAGAAGUCGCAGUCCUGCGCCAACCUGGCCUCCUUCGGCCAGGACCAGAGCACCCCCGCCCUGACCAAGGGCUCCAGCAACAACAACAACGACACGUCAUCCGUCAAGAAGGCCCCCGCCGCCGCCCCCGGGACCCCCAAGAGGGUGAUCGUGCAGGCGUCCACCAGCGAGCUGCUGCGCUGCCUGGGCGACUUCCUGUGCCGGCGCUGCUACCGCCUCAAGCACCUGUCGCCCACCGAGCCGGUCCUGUGGCUGCGCAGCGUGGACCGCUCCCUGCUGCUGCAAGGCUGGCAGGACCAGGGCUUCAUCACGCCCGCCAACGUGGUCUUCGUCUACAUGCUGUGCCGUGACGUGGUCUCCUCCGAGGUGGCCGGCGAGCACGAGCUGCAGGCCGUGCUCCUCACCUGCCUCUACCUGUCCUACUCCUACAUGGGCAACGAGAUCUCCUACCCCCUCAAGCCCUUCCUGGUGGAGAGCUCCAAGGAGGCCUUCUGGGACCGCUGCCUGUCCAUCAUCGACCUGAUGAGCGCCAAGAUGCUACAGAUCAACUCCGACCCGCACUACUUCACCCAGGUCUUUGCCGACCUCAAGAACGAGAGCCAGAAGGAGGAGGAGCGCGGACGCCUGCUCAUCGGACUGGAUCGGAGGGCCAUCGCCUGACUGGCACUGGUGGUCUCGCAGCACUGAUGGAGACGCGGCACAAAGCCAUCAGUGCGGACUCAAGUGGACUUUAGGCGGGCCGGGACAGACGCCAAUCAGACAGCGAUACUCGUCCAAGGGCCAGACGCUCGCUGUUGAGGACGGAGUGUUGCAUUGUGGGACUUUUGGUCAGAGGACGACCACCUUUCUUUUUUUCCAUCUUCUACGACAAGUUACCAGAUGUUUGCUCCUGCCGGCGGACGGAGGCUUAUUUAUUUCUGACAUUUUCUGGAACAUCUUUUGUCAUGUUUCUGCACGCAGGACUUUUUCUUCUUCUUCUCUCGACUUGCUGGCCUGCGUUAAGACAAUGAACAACACGUCGAUUUAGCUCUGCUUGCUUUACCUUUUGCUACGUCUUCUUCUGCUUCUGUGCUCACGAUCCAUCGCUGCCAUGUUGAAACUGUGCCAUAGCCUCUCGCGUCCACUCACCGCACCGCUUUAGCAGCUCAUUCUACGUUUGGUUGGUCGAACGCGCUUAUCUUUGGUGGGGAUGAAGAUUGACUCUGGAGGAGUGGCAGGGAUUUCUCGUUGAUGCUCUCACCAACGCCCCCCUCCCAGGAAAAAUCUGAGCAUCACCUCAGCUACAAGCGUCUCACAAGCAGCUUCAGUGUUCAUAAGGUGCGCUAAUGAGGCGUUUACAUCCUUCAUCCAUCACUGGAGAAGCUGUCAAGUGUGAACAAGUUGAAAUUGAUGAAGUCCAAAUUCCCAUCCUCUUAGCCUUUAAAGGUCCCCUAUUGUGCCAAAGUGGCUUUUUAACGAUGUGCUAACAGUAAUGCGUGUCCUGACAUCCUGAAGGAAACAUCUCCUUCCUCGUGGAUAUCCGCUUAUCCGGGGGCAGCAGAGACUUCCCGGUCUCUGGCCACCUCUUCCAGUUCCACCAGGGUUGGACACCGAGGUGUUCCCAGGCCUAGGGCCCAGGUCCUAGGGCUUCUCCGGGGGCCUCCUCUCAGCUGGGCAUGUCCGGGAGGCGUCCAGGAGGGUAGAUACCCGAGCCAACUCCGCUGGCUCCUCUCAAUGUGAGGAAUCAGUGGCUCCGCUCAGAGCUCCUCGCCCUCACACUUAGCAACAUAGAUCGACCGGUAAUUUGAGAGCUUUGCCUUCCGGCUCAGCUCUCAGCGUUACUGCAGACGCUGCACCGAUUUCCCGCUCCAGCCUUCCCUCACUCUUAACUACUUGAACUCCUCUACCUGGGGCCCCUGUAAACGCCCCUGUUAACCACCCCAGUAAACGCUGAAGGUCACAGCCUGAUGAGGCAUAGCAGAGACGUGGCCCCCAAACUGGACCCCCUCAACGCCUUGGCUGCCCCUACAAAUUCUGUCUUCUGAACAAAGUCCAUGACAAAGGUCAGUCUUGGUGGAGGGCCAAGCUAGACCGCUUUGUGUAAAAAAAAAAAAAAAAAAAAAAGGCUUCACUACACAUCUCAAAAGUAUUGCAAGGAGCAGUGCCCCAAUUAUUAGACUGUUUAUGGGCACCAAACCUGAGAAAAAUCUUAAAAAAAAAAAAAAAAAAUCCCUCACUUGUUCCACUUUUGGGAGAAGAGUUGAUCAAACGCUCGAUUUUGAAGUUGCGCCUUUUCCAUGAUGUCAUGAAGGAAAAACAUCCUUCCUCAUGGACGUGAUACUCAGACACGCCCCUAGCUAGACAGCUUUGUAAAAAAAAAAAGCAGAAAAAGGCUUUGCUGCACAUCUUAAAAUCAAGCCCUGCCAACUAUCAUUCGGCUACAGACGUGGAAGCUGUUUUCAGUUUUUCGUCAGUAAACAGGCUAACCUAACAUGAUGUUGCUGCCAAAGUGUAAUGUUUGCACUUUAGCAUCUCGUCGCUAUGCUAGUGUUGCUAACGUUUGUGACCUCCUGUCCCGUCCUGUUUGCAAUAUAUGGAAUGUACUAUGUUGGACACAUGGAUGAAAUUGUUGGAGACACACACCGUGUUGGGGACAAACGCAGCCGUUUAGCGUUAAAGCUACACACACACACGCGCACACCAGAGGUCGUGUUCCCAGGCUGUACUUACUAAAAGCACUUUGAAACGGUCAAAUAUGGGACCUUUAAAGUUACAAGUCAACAUUCCCACCAUCAUCCUGGUAAAUAUGGACACUUUACAGUAUGACCAGUCUCAUCUUUUCACUUUCUAUUUCCUACUUUGGUGAGUGCAAUGUGAUGGACGUCACUGCCCCCACCCUCACAUGAAAUGUGCCAUUUUUUUCCUCACUUAAGACAAAAAAAAGAUGAUUUUGUGUAUCUUGUUGCAUAGAUCUUAUAGCUAAACAACAGCAGCGUGUGUGUGUUUGUACAGAAGAGUGUGUGUGAUGUGCUGGCUGAUGCCGGGGUGGGGUGGGGUGGGGGGUUUCAAGGGGAGACCUGAUGACACUUCAUGUCAAACGUUCCACUUUUGAAGACAGAAAAUGAAAAAAAGCUGUUGUUGUUCCUGCUUUCAUUUCCUGGUUCUGCUUAUUUUCAUUUAUUUUUGUACUGUGAUGAAAACAAGGAAAUAAAAUGCACUGAUUGUUCCAGA